CACAGUACAAUAGUUGACCCUCUCUACCAAAGAAUCCAGCGCCCAUGACAUGGUUUCCUGAAUAGGCCAGCGUCGCACUCCUUCGUACUCUCUCCCUUCGGGCAACGCAGGUGAGCGUGCUCAAGCCCUGAUCUCAAAAUGAGUCUCUUCGGUGCUUCCACCGCACAGCCCGCAAAGCCUGGCUUGUUCAGCUUCAACAAUCCUACCUCCGGCCAGCCCACUGCGCAAGCCUCGCCAUUCGGACAAUCCCAGACACAGCAGAACAAUGCUCCGAGUUUCAGCUUCGGCACCUCACAAUCACAGCCUCAGCAGAGCGGUGGCUUGUUCGGUACGUCUACACAACCACAACAGGGCGGAGGUUUGUUUGGAGCGUCGCAGUCUCAACAACAGUCAGGAGGGGGCCUGUUCGGUGCUUCGAAGCCACAAACUGGAGGACUGUUCGGUAGUUCCACACAACCACAACAGCAGCAACAGACCGGAGGCUUGUUUGGGACGUCAACACAGGCGCAGCAACAACCACAACAAGCACCAUCACGUCCGCUUGACCAAACCCUAAGAUUUGGCCAAUCUCAACAAGGGCAGACGGAGUCUCAAUCGAUGUGGGAAGAAGGCCGUGGGUUAAAUGUUUACAGGUCAAUACCGGCUCAGAUGACUAUCGUCAAAAACAAAUGGGAUCCAACAAGCCUAUCAUCUCCCCUACGAGCAUACCUGUAUCAACACGUCGAGACCGAAACAGAAGCUCUCAAGUAUAGAGCGGGACCGGGGGAGGACGAAGACAAAUGGGAGGAAGCCGUUUCGAAACGCCCUGGACCUGAAUGGGUGCCGCUUCUAAUCCAGGGAUUUUUUCAGCUUGGUCGAAAGGCACAGAUUCAGAUGGAAGCAAUUCAAAGAUGUAACAUGAUGCUCCAAGAAAUCAAUACCUCGCUUGACGUACAACUUGACAAACAUCGCCAGAACGUGGCCACAAGAUUGGAGGAAAGCAAAAGAAGGCAAUUGGCGACAGCUCGGAGAGUCCUCUCGCUGGCUGUGAAGGUUCAAAUCCUGCGCAACCGUGGCUAUGUCAUGGACAAUGCCGAAGAAGAGUUGAAAAACAACCUGGAGAAGCUGCAACGGGCGGUACUCGAUCCGAGCCUCGAUGCAAGAGAGCAAGAAGUCUGGGCAAGAAUGCUGGGAAUUCGGGAACGAGCGAAACGACUCAAAAUGGAGACGGAGAAACUCACACCAGUUGCAAAGGAUGAGGAUGGAGUCUUGGACGAAGAGACAGUCAAAGCUGCAAAACGAACACUUGAAGCGCAAGAUGUUCAGUUGCGACACUUGCAGAAAGAAUUAGACCUCAUACAGCAAGGCUUUGAAGAUUGGGAAAAGCUAUCCAAAGAGAGAGACAGUGAAGCUCCUCGGCGCAGAUGAGAUGUGCCACUCAUCAGACUAUGAGUGGCUUCCGACUUACCAUGAUGUGCUGCACGUUUGGUGUGGUAAUGGAUACGGAUGGGUCAAUACAAAGGACUUCUUGCAUAGCGAUGUUGCGAUAUGGGACUGUUGAUAAAACGGAGAUUAUUCUGGGGCUCUAUCUAUGGAGGCAGGCAGUCGUUUCUUCAGCGUGCAUCAACCCACGCUGGACAUCCUGCUAAUAAUGUACAAAAUCAUAAUGUACAACAGAGA